UUCCUCGAGAGUUCCUAAAAAUCAUAACAACUCCUCCUUUCUUCAACCUUUCGACAUUUUUCUUCUCCUUUUAAAUAUUUUGCAAUCUUCAAGAAACUUACCUACGCUAAACCAAACAUGGUGGUUCUAUCGCAGCACGUUGCUUUAGAUAACCACUUAUCCGUAAUCCCAACAUGCAAACCGGUUCCGGUCCCCGUCGUGGACCUAACCGACCCAGAAGCCAAAACUCUAAUCGUGAAAGCCUGUGAAGAGUUUGGUUUCUUCAAGGUUGUAAACCACGGAGUCCGACCAGACCUCAUGACCCGGUUAGAGCAGGAGGCUGUCGGCUUCUUCGCCUUGCCACAGUCUCUCAAAAACCAGGCCGGUCCGCCUGAACCCUACGGUUAUGGUAGUAAACGGAUUGGACCAAACGGGGACGUGGGAUGGAUAGAGUAUAUCCUCCUCAAUGCUAACCCUCAGCUCACGUCUCCCAAAACCUCCGCCAUUUUCCGUCAAACCCCACAAAUUUUCCGAGAGGCGGUGGAGGAGUACAUGAAGGAGGUGAAGAAAGUCACGUGCAAAGUGUUGGAGAUGGUGACGGAAGGAUUAGGGAUAGAGCCAAGGGACACACUGAGUAAGAUGGUGAGAGAUGAGAAGAGUGACUCUUGCUUGAGAAUGAACCAUUAUCCUACGGCGGAGGAAGAGGUGGAGAAGGUGGUGAAAGUAGGGUUUGGGGAACACACAGACCCACAAAUCAUCUCAGUGCUACGGUCCAAUAACACUGCGGGUCUUCAAAUCUGUAUGAAAGAUGGAAGUUGGGUCGCUGUCCCUCCUGAUCACUCUUCUUUCUUCAUCAAUGUUGGAGAUGCUCUUCAGGUUAUGACAAAUGGGAGGUUCAAGAGUGUAAAACACAGAGUCUUAGCUGAUACAAGGAGAUCGAGAGUCUCUAUGAUAUAUUUUGGAGGACCCCCAUUGAGCCAGAAGAUUGCUCCAUUGCCAUGUCUUGUCCCUAAGCAAGAUGAUUGGCUUUAUAAAGAAUUCACUUGGUCUCAAUACAAAUCUUCAGCAUACAAAUCUAAACUUGGUGAUUAUAGGCUCGGUCUCUUUGAGAAACAACCUCUUCUCACCCAUAGGUCAAAUGUAUGAGGUUAGUCAUGAACUCAUGAUGAUGCUUUGUAUCAUAAAAAUCAUAAUUGCGAAAGAAGGAAAUUGAUAGUGU